AUGUCUUAAUAAUAAGGAAAGGGUGGAAAAGCUUAACAACCAAAAACCGAAGCUAAGCCUGCAGCUCCAGCCAAGGUUGUCAAACCAUAAGAAACUAAGGAGAAUGUGAUGAGAAAGAUUAGAAUUGAAAAAUUAAUGGUUCAUAUUUGUGCAGGAGAGUCUGGAGAUAAAUUGACAAAGGCAGCCAAAGUUUUGGAGGAUUUGACAGGAUAAAAACCAGUAUUCGGUAAGGCAAGAUACACAGUGAGAUCAUUUGGUAUCAGAAGAAAUGAAAAGAUUUCAGUGUUCUGCACAAUUAGAGGAGAUGCUGCUAAAGAUAUCUUAUUCAGAGGAUUGAGAGUUAAGGAAAUGGAAUUGAAAAAGAGAAACUUCUCUGAAUCAGGAAACUUUGGAUUUGGCAUAUAAGAACAUAUUGAUUUGGGAUUAAAGUACGAUCCAUACACAGGUAUUUUCGGUAUGGAUUUCUAUGUCAUCUUGUCAAGACCAGGAUUGAGAGUUGCUCAAAGAAAAUCAAGAAAUGCAAGAUUGGGAACAGCUUAAAGAGUUUCCAAAAAAGAAGCUAUGGAAUGGUUCAAACAAACCUUUGAAGGCAACGUCUAUUGAUACAUUAAUACAAUACAUUAAAAUAUAAAUCAUUAACA